AUGGCUGCAAGAACCAUCGUCAUUGACCACGGCUCUGGCUUUCUGAAGGCUGGCUUUUCGGGGUUCAAUGAGCCCCAGAUGGUCUUCCCGAGCAUCGUGAACUACAUCCCUUGCAGGGAGAACCCCGGCCCCAGCUACGCCCGGCGGCGCGUGAGCCUAGGCAUCGAUCUUUGCCGUCCCGACACCUUUAGCUACCCCAUCCACCGGGGCCGUGUCCUCAACUGGGAGGGUGUGGAGCACAUCUGGUCAUUUGUCCUAGAGAAACACAGGCUGGAGAAUGAGAACUCCCCUGUGAUGGUCACAGAGUUCCCCCUGAAGGAGCCUGCGGACCGUCAGAAGACCCUGGAGAUUAUGUUUGAGUUACUGGAUGUCCCGUCCAUCUUCCUGGCUGACCAGCUGGAGAUGUCCCUGUAUGCCUCUGGCCUCCUGACCGGCGUGGUGGUAGAUUCAGGCUACGGCCUGACCCGCGUGCAGCCUUUCCAUCUGGGCUGCCCCUUACGGUCCAGUGCUAAGAUGCUGGAGUUUGCAGGCCAGGAUCUGUCGGCCUAUCUCUUCAAGAGCCUUUUUAAGGAAGAUUACAAUCGACACAACCUGUUUCAGCUGGAUACGGUGGCCACCACUCAGAUGACCAAGUGCUACGUGCCGCAGAAUCUGGGGGAGUCACUGGACUUUUAUCAGAGCCUUCCAAGAGGCUCCGAUGAGAAUAAUGCCUAUCAGCUCCCGGAUGGCAACCGUGUGGAGCUGACCCCCAUGCAGCGGCUGGCUCCUGAGAUGUUCUUCAGCCCUGAGGUGUUCGACCUGCAAGGGCCCAGCAUCUCCCAGGCCGUCCUGGAUUCCAUCGAGACCUGCGACGCCUCCAUGCACCCGCUGCUCGUCUCCCACCUGAUGGCCUGCGGGGGCAACACCCUCUAUCCUGGCUUCACCAAGCGUCUGUACAGGCUGAUCGCUGAUCAUUUCUCCUCCACCAAGACCACCAUGUGGGUGGGUUCCAACAGGAACUUUAGUGUCUGGCUGGGAGCGUCUGUAGUGGCUCAUCUGUCGACUUACAAGUCUAAGUGGAUGACCAGAGAGGAGUAUGAUGAGAGUUUCAAGAUGUGA